AUAUAAGGCGUGGCUGUUACUUCCACUACCAUCAUAACCCACCAUGCAGUUCUUGGUUUUGGUCAUCGCGUUAGCUGCGGGCGCAAGUGCCGGUGAUGUUGGCAUUGGCGGUGGCCUAGGUUAUAGCCUAGGUGGUGGCGGUGGCCUGGGUGGUGGCCUAGGUGGCGGCCAUGGCAUUGGUCUAGGUGUUGGCCAUGGUGGUGGCCUAGGUGGCGGCCUAGGUGUUGGCCAUGGCAUUGGUCUAGGUGUUGGCCAUGGUGGUGGCUUAGGUGGCGGCCUAGGUGUUGGCCAUGGUGGCGGCCUAGGUGUUGGCCAUGGUGGUGGCCUAGGUGUUGGCCUUGGCGGUGGCAUAGGUGUUGGCCAUGGCGGUGGCCUAGGUGGUGGCCUAGGUGUUGGCGGUGGUCUAGGUGUUGGAGUAGGUGUUGGCCUAAGUGGUGGCCUAGGUGGCGGCAUUGUCGAUGAUAUUGGACUGGGCGGAGGUUUGGGUUUCGAAGGCCCCAAUUUUAUCGGAGGAGAUAUACUAGUGGAAGGCUGCAAGGAUGGCAAGGUUUUGAAGAUCGACGGUACCUGCGACUACCCUAAAGUCACUCGCCACGUGUACGUGUAUGCCGCUCCUGAGCUCCCACCAGUCUAUGGCCCUCCACCAAUCAUCCCACCCCCAAAAGUAGACACGAAUGUGCUCUUCAUCCGUGCUCCUGAACCAGUUAAGCAGCCUGACCCUAUCAUCGUCCCACCACCAAGACAGGACAACAUUGUGUAUGUGCUCAACAAACAAAUUCAUCACGACCAGAAGGUCAUCCAGGUGCCUGGACUGCCUCCAAGGAACCCUCAAGUGUAUUUCGUCAACUACGACGAUGGCAAGAACCCUGUUCUUCCUGGUGGCAUCGACCUGGAGACUGCUCUCAAUUCCGCAGUUCAUGCUGGUGGCGAGAUUGUUGGUGACGGAAUCGGCGUUGGUGGUGGUGUUGGUCUUGUUGGCGACGAUGAUGUCCUUGCCGGCGGCAUUGGAGGCGAUGUUGGCAUUGUAGGUGAUGUUGGAAUCGGUGGUGGCCUGGUCAGUGGCUUAGGAGGUGGCAUUGGCCAUGGCGGUACUAUUGUAGGCGAAGUUGGAUUGGGCGGUGGAUUGGGCGGUGGAUUGGGCGGUGGACUGGGCGUUGGAUUGGGCAGUGGACUGGGCAGUGGAAUUGGCGGUGGACUUGGCCUCACUGGAAUAGGAGGCGUAGGUGCUGGCUUAAAAUCAGGAAGCGACAGCAUCUUCCUAGACGGCGGUGUUGGUGUUGGUGGUGUUGGUGGUGUUGGUGGUGUUGUCGCCGCACCUUCGACAGCUUACGGCGUCCCAUAGAGAACUGGGCAUCCGCAGCGUCAGUGUCCCGAGGAUACUUGAUACUUCAAUGAUGCAUUUAGGUCUCUAAAGAACACGUUAUUUAAAUGAUGUUAGCUAUAUUUUUAUAUAUUUGACUGUUCUAGUCAAUCAGAGUUGUUGUGUUAUA